CGGGCAGAGAAACAGACGACAUACAGAGGAAUAACACAGAGUUUGAAAUGACGUGGCGUGAGCUACGCAGUCGGCAGUUCUGGCUCGCCAUAGUUGCAGAGUUGCUCGGCACCCUGAUUUUAGUGAGUGCUGUGCUGGGUGCCUCUGUGCCAGGCCCUGGAGAGGGCCCCAUGGGACCCCUGUACCCUGCAGUGGCAGUGGGGGUGGUGGUUGUUGCACUGGGACACUGUUUUGGAGAAAUAAGCGGGGCACAGGUGAACCCUGCAGUGACUCUGGCUCUGUUGACCACUCGGAGGCUGGAUGUCCUCAGGGCCGCUCUUUAUGUGGCUGCACAGUGUUUGGGGGCCUCUUUAGGAGCCGGGGCGCUCUACCUGGCCCUGCCGGUCAAAAGCACUGCAGACCACUUCGUCAACAAGGUUCCCAUGGAGCUGAAUGCAGCUCAGGCUUUGGGCAUCGAGGUGUUGUGCACCUUCCAGCUGGUCUUCACUGUGUUCUCAGUGGAGGAUCAGCGGCGGAGGGAAAGCCCAGAACCAGGAAACCUGGCCAUUGGAUUAGCACACACUGCUGGAGUGCUGAUAGGGGCACGGUUCUCCGGUGCUAGCAUGAACCCUGCACGUACUCUGGGUCCGGCCAUCAUCACUGGCUUCUGGGAACACCACUGGGUUUACUGGCUCGGCCCAGCAAUAGGUGCUAUAUUGGCUGGAGUGUCCCAUGAGUUCUUCUUCGCUCGCAGCGCCUCUCGUCAGAAGCUGGUGGCGUGUCUGACCUGUAGGGACAUUGGGAUUGUGGAGACGGCCAGCAUGACGGGAUCAUCUCUGUCCACGGUCACACAGAACGCCAUGAGAGCCAAGCAGGCCAACAAACAAGAAAACAACUGAGGACACAUGCAUGAAAAAACCACAUAGAAACUCAUUCUGCAGCAUCACAGUGAUUGUUAUGGACGCGCAUAGUGUGCAGCUCAUCAGUCGUGUAGAUCAGGCUCGACAGAGACAGGCUUAUACAGUAGCUGCCAAAGGUCUUAUGUGAAAAUGGAUUUAGGGGCUCAUUCAUUAUUCAGUGUUAUUGUUUCAAUUUUUAAAGCACGUUAAUAUGAAAUCUCACCAGUGAUGAAGAAAAACUAAAAAUCCUUUACGUAACUGAAAGUAGAAACACCUCAAGAGAAAAUUUAACAGGUGGGAGAGCAGUUGAACAGUUGUCUCUUAAUGGUAAGACUGAAGGUUCAAUCCCCAGCUCUACCUGUUGAAGUGUCUUAAAGCAAAACACUGAACCCCAAAUGCAUCCCAAUGUGAUUAAUCUAAUGUGUAUGUCAUAAAUUAAUGUAUUGUUUCUAUAGGUCAGAAAGUUGUGAGAAAGGGCCAUUAUAAUUUCCUAGAGCCACAGAUGAAGUAUUUAAAUGUCUUGUUUUGGAUGACUAACACUUUAAAGUCCCAAAAAUAUUCAGUUUAUGAUAUAAAACACAUUUUAGAGGCUGUUUGGCCAUUUAUCAAUAAUUAAUAAUUAAAAGAGUCGCAGUUAAUAGCCUACAGAAUGAUAUUAUUGAUGCAGUAACAUCCAUAAUGAAAAUCCUCAUAAUUGGAGACAGCAGAUUUUACACCUGAUGAAAAACCUGAUAUGUUCAGUGCUGAAAGAUUGCAUCCUCUGCUUUAGAUAAUGUGGAUUAGUGGAGAAGAUGCAGAAGGUCACACAAAAUGGAAAUACUUUACCAAAUAAACGUACCUGAAAACUUGGUUAAAAUUGAUCCGUUACUUAUGGAAGUAAACACAAAUAAUUCAAAAUGCUGGUCACUGUGGCCACAACUGGUCUUUAAGUGAUGCUGAUAUCUGCUAAAAUGAAUAACAGUGGCACAAGCAGAGAAGAGUUAUAAAGUUUGCCAGCAUGAGCUAACAAAAGAUACUGGUUAUAUCAGACUAAGUACCCUAAAUCCCUGAGUGUAUUUAGUUGAGUAUAUGUUACUGAUCAUGAUUUUUUUGUUUGUUUGUUUGUUUGUUUGAAAGAAAAUAAUGUGUUAUUUCUUAUUUCAAAGUUAUGUUUCAAAGGAACUCUACACGACAUUCAGACCAUUAAUAUAGCAGUGAACAACUAUUUGCUUGGCCUUUGUAAAGAUUAGGUGGAGUAAUGUCAUCCAGGGCAGGGUAUGAAGUCACGCAUCCUCUGUAUAUGUUGUAAUCAGCUUCUCUGAUAGACAGUCCGGCCACAGGGAGACAUAUAUAGCUGCAGACACAAUUCCUUUGUGGCGUACACGACACGCCCUUACAAACCGCACCCACAAUAGUACAAAACACACCCACCAACGCGAUGGCUAUCUGAACCCUGCUACAAUGUAGUGAAUAAAUGGUAAAUGGACUUGUAUAGCACCUUUCUAGAUCCGUCCACUCAAAGCGCUUUUUACACUACGAGUCACAUUCACCCAUUCACACACUGGUGGCCGAGGCUACCAUACAAGGUGCCACCUGCUACUCAGUUUUUAACUCACUCACACACUGGUGGAACAGCCGUCGGGAGCAAUUUGGGGUUCAGUAUCUUGCUCAAGGAUGCUUUGACAUGUAGGCUGGAGGAGCCUGGGAUCGAACCGCCGAUCUUCCGAUUGAUGGAAGACCUGCUCUUCCUCUGAGCCACAGCCGCCCAAAUGGCACCAAAUGUUACAAUAAUCCAUUGUAUAAUUCACAAUACAUGAAGAAGUGAUUCACUUCAUAUGUAAUGAGAUGUGGCCUUUCCAUUACCCUUAUCCUGACCUUAAACGCCUCUAUUUUAACAUUAUACUGCAUAGCUAACGUGAGCUAAUUGCUAAUGAGCAUUAACAUAGAUAACAAGAUGUAGACGUCCUGUUUGUAUCCUAACCUCAACCACCUCUCUUUUAACGUAAAAUUUCAUGGCUAGCUAAUUGCCAACUAAAGAAUUCCGUCAGGAUCUCCGCGUCUGGGCCAAGGAGCGAAGGGGGCUGGUCAUGGACUGAGUGUAGGUUAAAGCGGGCGAGUCUUGUAGUAUAGCUUGAGGGUGGGUCAUGUAGCUGCUCCAGCUGCAGUUAUACCUUCUUGACCAUGUGUGCACAUGCGGUUAUCCAACUGGCUUGCUAAUGCCACCGCUCUACACCGCACUCAAACAACAGUUACAGCUGACAAUGGGACGGCGUCAUUACAGAAGCAUAGCGCCCAGCCUCUGGUUCCACCACAGCUAAUAUCAUUAGCCAGUCAGCACUGUUGCUGUUGUUAGCACUGUUUGUGCUGUUAGCAUUGUUAGCUGCUAGCUGCCAGCUAAGCCACGACCAUGUUGAGAACCAUGUGCAGACAACUGCUGAAGAUACACACUGAAUAUCACAGAGCUCCUUUAACUAAUUUGGCUUGAUUAAGAGUAGCUGGCUUCCAAUAAGCUGAAGCAUUUUGUGUUUAAAGGUGUAUUUCUUUUUUUCUUUUCAAGAGACUUAAGUAAAUGUAAAAAAAAUCAUGUUGCUCACGUGACAAUAAAUUAACUAACAAAGCGAAGGUUACUUUCAAACCAUCACCAUGUCCAACUGGCACAUUUCAGUUCAGUUAUCUUUUCAGUGUCCCUCCACUAAAACAUCACCAACACAUUGAAACAAGUCUUUCCCUGUUGCUUUUUGUUGCAUGUGUGGAGAGAAUGCUGCAUUUUAAAGGAGCUUAAUGUGACCUUUGAGGUCUUAGUCGGCUGUCAUUAGUGUGUGUAAAGGUGUAGCCAAAUAGUGUGAGAUUCUGUAUUGUCACUUUCAAAUUUGCACAUCAUUAAACUGUACAAUGGAGACUCAUUGAAACCCUGCUGAAAAACAGCCUCAUCUGUGCUGUUUUCAUUUUCAUCUAAUGUCUGUGAAUGCUUUGAAAUGCUAAAGAGGUCCUCGCCCUGCAUCAUGGUUUCAGUGAUGUUCUCAAUCAGUCCAGCGUGUCUCUCAUGUCUGUGGCUGUCAGCGGCCGCCUCUUUUCUUAGGAGUCCUAUUCACAAUCAAAUGGACCUUCAUACCUGUAAUGGCUCUAAAGAAAGAACACAGUUUGUAAUAUGACAGCUUUGUAACAUA